CUCCAUCUGGUGCAUCAUCCCAUCGAUUGAAAAUGUCAGACUCAGACUAUGCAACUCAAACAACCACAGAGUCACCGGCGGCGGCACUGAGGAACAUCGGCCUAUCCUCCCGAGACCUCAUGGCAGCAAUCAACAGGCUGGGCUCAAGCCUGGAGAUUCCCAACCUAGCCCCGUGGGACCCGUUUACCACCUCAGAAUCAAAUCAAGAGGGAGCUUCCGAAGAAAUUGUUCAAGAUAACUUCACCUGUUUUGGGCAGCUGCCUUCUGAGCUCCGUAUCAAGAUCUGGAGUUAUGUGUGCUACCAACCUCGCAAUGUUGACAUCUUCACGGACAAUCUAGGAGUGAUCCGUGUAACUGAAGACGUACAUUUUGAUGCCUACAAAUUCUACUCGCAUUUCUGCUCUCACCCUGCUGUUCUCCACAUUUGUAGGGAAGCCAGGGAAGAGGGGUUGAAGCAUUAUCAACUUGAAUUUGGAACCUCUCAUCACUUCUCAAUCGUCAAUAUCUCGACACCUCCCCGGAUCUACGUCAAUUUCGCCUGCGAUAGGCUUUGUCUCUUGAAGCCCGACUCCUUUGGCUCAGAUCUCGAGGAUCGAUUUCUGUGGUUCGUUCACAUUUGCAGGGAGCGUGGUGCGCGCUCACUCGCCAUAAAUGUUGCCCAAGAUCAACACUGGCCUUUUGUCGACGUAGCCACGUCAUGGAAUGCGUUAGAGGAGCUCAUUUUGUUCGGAUCCGUGCAGAACUUCGAGUACUUGCACAACGCCGGCAUCCCCAUAGACUUUGUGGCGCCUCAUGGGACCGGGGCUCAUAACAAAGACGAGUACCUUGAAGACGCCGCAGUGAGGCAGUUGGAAAUUGCGCGGCGGGACUUCCUUGCGCUAUUCGAGAUGCAUAAUGAUGGUUUGAAAUUCGAUAUGUCGGUUGAUAAUAGAAAUACUUCGAUGAAGGAAAAGGGAAAGCCCUUGUGGAAAGCUCCUGUGGUUGAGAUUUGCCAUCUCGUUGUUGGUGGGCAGAAGGACUCAAAUGGCUGGGCCUGGGGAAGAUGAGACUUACCGAUGGGAAGAGCGAUUUAGUGAAAUCUGCUCGAGCGAUGACGUGGAGAUAGUUAUGGGAUUGAAUUUCAAAUUCCUAUAAUGUGGUUCAGU